GGGAGGAGGUCAAGGCCGAGGCGGGAGUGCCGGUGAGUCCAGUCGCCGCCCAGAGGAGCAGCCAGGCCACUGCCCCGAAAGCCACGGCCGGAACAGCCAGGACGCCGGAGGGCGGGUGCCCGAGAGGGGCGCGGAGGGACGAAAAGCAGACGGAGGAAGGAACCUGCAUACGCUUCAUGCGGCUCCUAGAGCGCAAUGUCACGGAGUCAGUGACCGAGACGGAGGGUUCGGCGCGCGCACUACCGCGGUCCUGCUGUUUCCCCCCACCCCUCCCUUCUUACACCCUCUACCCCUGAAGGUUCGGCGCCGCGUGAGGCCCGACACCCGGCCCCUCCUUGGCUCCCUUCUCGGCCCCGCCUCUCGCCGUUCCGGUCAGGGGCGGGGCGGGGAGAGUGGCGCACGCGCCGUGACGUGCACCCCGGGGCUGUUGCUGUGGGAACCACUCUAUGGGCGCCCAGCGGGAUCCUGAACCCGGGCUGGCUCGCCGUGUUCAGGCUCUCCACCUCCACUUUCAGCGCCAGCCUCUGCUCCAGGCCGCAGUGUCGGGGUAAGGGCUUGUGCGUGCACUGCUGUCGGAUGGAAACGUCUGAUCACGGUGUUAGUAGACCUUGGGCUGUAGAAGAUGCACUUUCUGUACUUCCUUAAGGCAGGAAGCCAUUAUUCAACUAACACAUUUUCAUCAGAUUUCUUCUAAUUUACCCUGAAGUAUAUGUGGAAAUGAUGUGCACUGCCAAGAAAUGUGGAAUUAGAUUCCAGCCUCCAGCUAUUAUAUUAAUCUAUGAGAGUGAAAUCAAAGGGAAAAGUCGCCAGCGCAUCAUGCCAGUCCGAAACUUUUCACAGUUUUCAGACUGCAGCAGAGCUGCUGAACAACUAAAGAAUAAUCCACGACACAAGAGUUACCUGGAACAAGUACCCUUGAAGCAGCUGGAGAAGUUGUUCAGAUUUUUACAAGGUUACUUGAAGGGGCAGAGUUUGGCAGAAACAAUGGCACAAAUUCAAAAGGAAACAACCAUUGAUCCUGAGGAAGACUUGAACAAACUAGAUGACAAGGAACUCGCCAAAAGGAAGAGCAUCAUGGAUGAACUUUUUGAGAAAAAUCAGAAGAAGAAAGAAGAUCCAAAUUUUGUUUAUGACAUUGAAGUUGAGUUCCCACAGGAUGAACUGCAGUCCUGUGGCUGGGACACAGAGUCAGCUGAUGAGUACUGAUACACUCACAGAAAUUAUUGGGCUAGCAGAAACUGCAUAUUUAUAUAAAGAACAAAGAACAUAGAUUGAUUAUAGCAAAAUCUGUAAAGACCACUAAAUGUACAUAGUGGGUCAUGAUUGGAUUGACCAUGUUACUUUUCAAAACCAGGAUAUUUAGAGCAUCUACUAUGUAGGUGAAUAAGGAAUAUAGGAAAAACAGAAUAAAGGAACCUGCGUUUAAGGAGCUUACAAGCUAAUUAGAAGAUAAGUCAAAAACUUGUGAAAAGCAAAUUAAUAUUAUUAAGCAGCCGAAAGAUUAUGCUUGAUAAACACAAUUAUAUGCUAAAGAGGGUUAGUGUCUAUGUCACUAUCACCUUUGAGUAGAGUACACAGGGGAGACUUUGUCCUUUAAUGGGAGAGAGAGGACUUUGCCUGGCCCUUGAAAUGGCAGUAUUUGCACAGUAGGAUUCCAGAUGAGAAAAACUGGAAAAUAGGGGAGCUAAAGGCAGUAGUAAAGAGCAGGAAAUAAAAAGUUUUAUUUCAGGAAUAAUAAGCAAAUUACAGUUUGACAAGUUUGGACAGUAUAUAUUAGUACCGGGGAAUUAUCCUGUAUGCAUUGUGUCUUUAUAUGUAUUUAACUCUGGAGUAGAAAAGAACCCCUGCAGAGUGCCCUGUGGCUCUAAAGUAGAUGUCCUUUGAUGAGCAGCAGGGGUAUUCUCCCCUUAAGAUAGCAGGGAAUGUAUACUAAAGACAUUCUGAAUCUCUUUCCAAAAAUAAGAGGUUUUGUUUAUAAAAAGAGAUAUCCACCCAUAAUGAAUGAACACUAGAUAUUGCGUUCAUUCAUUCAGGCCUAUUCAUGAGCUUGGAUCUACAAAGAGAGAGGUCUUUGUUUAAGAAGGCUAUCUAUGUGCAAGUAAAUUGUUCUUACUCGAAUAUUAUUUAAUUCAUAGAAAUUCUAUGUCUUUACAAGGAUGAGGAAAUUAAUAUUCAUUUAGUAAAAAUAAUUAUUCAUCUGUCAACCUCUACUGUCUUUUCCAUUAUAAGACCCAUUAAGGGGAUCAUUCUUUUAGCGAUAUCACCAGGAAUUUAAGAUGGUCACGUCUCAUAUGUAUAUUCACCAAAGGUAGCAAAAGAAUUUUCAGAAUUAGAGAUCUUUCCAUAUCUACGUUGUAUUCCAUUGUUUACAUAUAGAUAAUUUAUUAUAAAAGUUGACCUUAGAUUGUUUCUCCCUUUCGCUUUUACAAGCAGUGCUACAAUAAAUAGUUUUGUACAUCCUUUGCACAUUUUAUCUAUAGGAUAAAUACCUAGAGGGGAAUUGGUGGGUAAGAGGUGCAUUUUAAAUUUUAAUAGAUACUGCUAAGUUGUCUUCCAUAGAGGCUCAUUCAUUCAUUCAGUAUCUGUACUUACUGAGCACCAACUAUAUGUUCAGCCUAUACCAUUCUAGGGUACAGGGAUGUAGCAAUAUACACAACAAAGUCCUUGGCCUUUACAGGGUUUACAGUCUAGCUGGAGAGGAAAGAUGAUAAACAUGCAUAAAAUAAUGUCAGAUGAUAAGUGCUCUGAAGAAUAAAAUGAAAAGAGAAUGAUGGAGGAGAUGGUAGCCAGUGUUUUAGAUUGAAGACCUCACCAAGAAGGUGAUAUUUGAGCAAUGGCCUGAAGAGGUGGAAAAAUUGGUGUGUAUUUCAGGGGCAGUGGGGAAAGGCAAGUACAUAGACCCUGGGGCUGGAGUGAACUUAACAUGUUUGAGAAAGAGCAAGGAGGCCAAUGCGGUGAAUACAGAGUGAGCAAGACAGAAAAUAGUUGUUGAGGUCGGGGUGGAUUUUACCAAUGCAUAAUACUUACCUUGAAGGUUGUACCAACUUAAACUAUCAGCUUUACAUGAGAGUACCUGUUUUUCCAUAUGCUUAUCAAAAGAGGGUAUUAUCAAACUUGUUGAUCUUUGCCAAUCUUAAUAAUUUUAAAGUGGUAUCAUAGUUUAAUUUGUAUUUCUUUUAUUACAAGUGAGACUAUCUUCAUAGAUUUGAAGAAGCCUUUUUUUUUUUGCUGAUUUAAUUUUUUUAAUUAGGCAGAAUUUUUUUAAUGUGGUCAAAUUAAUCAAUAUAUUCCUCUAGGCUUCUCCAUUUUGUGCCAUACAUAGAAAGGCAUUCCUUACUCCAAGAUUAUUUAAAAAAAAAAUUACCUUAUGAUUUUUUUCUAUACAGAAAUACAGGCUAUAACUUUUGUCUUUGAGGCAUUAAAUAUUUUAACCGAAGUAAUAAACCUAGUGUAUAUGAAAUAGAGGCAUUUACUGUAACUAGAGCAGAAAGGGGAGAUCGUGUGGGUUGACCAGUUGUUUUUAUUGUUAUUUUUACCUCUGUGUAUCCUGUCUCAUCCAAAGCUAAUUAUUCUGCAGAGCACUUUUUAAAAAAUUCCAUUAUAAAAUUAAUACAUAUUCAUUACUUCAAAUUUUUAAACAUAUACCAGAGUGUAAAAGUAAAAUGUGAAAAUUCUCCCCUCAUCUCCUUCCCCCAAUUCCCACUCUGCAAAGAAAUUGGUUUUCCUAGAGGGCUCUGGAUUCCCUUUUUUUUUUUUUUACCUUGCUUCAAUUAAUUCUUUCUUUCCCUCCAACCCCUCUAAUUUUCAGCUCCAUUCUCUGCUGGAUCAUUCUCUGCAGUCUGUAAACAUGCA